AUGGGUUUAUACGACGUAUGCAAGACGUUCAUCGUCUACACCGCCACCUUCUUUUCACUUCCAUUUCACGAGCAUAUCGGAGGUGACUCUGAACAGCCCGUUCUAUCUUUCGAAAAUGGCCAGAUCUCGCAAAAUUAUCCAAAGUUCCCUGCACCCAAUGGCCCCGAUUCCCCAGAUGAAGACUUCAUUUGCAAGUAUCCCGAGCUUGGAAAUGACUGGAAGUCAUGUCCUACUCCAGAAAACCGUCACUUCUGGCUGACGAGCUCUGAUGGACACAAUUUUAGUAUUCAUACUGACUAUGAGACUAUGUAUCCGCCUGGAGUGCUUCGAGAGUAUUGGCUUGUGGUAGAUAACAAGACCAUCAACGGCGACGGCAUAGAUAAUCCGUAUGGAAAGGUCUUCAACCAAACCUACCCCGGCCCAUGGAUCAAGGCCUGCUGGGGUGAUCUCAUCAGAGUCCACGUCACAAAUAAACUGCGAUAUAACGGCACCACGAUUCAUUGGCAUGGUCUCGGACAGAAUGGAACCAUGGAGAUGGAUGGCAUCAAUGGCGUCACUCAAUGCCCCAUCGCUCCAGAUGAUACCUUUACAUAUGAGUUUCGCGCUCUUCAGUAUGGCUCUUCUUGGUAUCAUAGUCACUACUCUCUACAAUACGCCGACGUUUCGCAGGACCCACAACUAUCUUUGGGCCGUCGUCAGCUCACUAUGGUGAAGCUAAGGAUUCAGUUCUUAUCACGGACUGGAACCAUCGAAGUGCUUUUCAGGAGUGGGAACAAGAACUAA